AUGUCCACCUGCUCCGCUGACCCAUAUUUGAUUAGACAAACACAGAUCCCAGGUUCUUCGACACAAUAUUCCCAACAUCUAAUAUUUUCCAUACCACCUUUUCUGCGUCGGACUCACAUUUUGACAGAGUUGUCAAAUGAUAUUGAAAUGAUGACAUUAAAAUAA